CCCCCCCCCGUCCCGGUCAGGGAUGAUCUGGUCAAUAAUGACAAUUCUUUCGAUAACUCAGUCAUUUGUUGACGGAUCCUUCUCAUCUUCGAACUCGACUGAGAUAUUGAUGGGAUCAUUUUGUGUACAAAAUUUCAAGACAACUGGAUGAGGCUUUCAAGAGUUAUCGUGUUAACGGCCGGAUACACUGACCGAAUCUAGAGUGUACUCAUUUUUUGAGAACACAAAAAGUAUGUCCUGCGCACGUCUCUGGUAGAAACUUGUUUUUGUGCAUUUUCCAUUUUGUUUAUUUUGUGCCCAUGUAAAAAUAGAUAGGCAUUUAACGAAUUGAUUUUCAAAAUUAACAAAAAAAACUGUUAAAUCAAAAAUUAACGAGGUUUAAUGAAAAGCAAUUCAUGAAGUUUCGUUAUCUUCCACAAACUCGUGAAAAUGCGUUAGAUUUUUCACGGUUUUUCAUGCGUUAAUGACUUUUUAACAGUUAAUAACGCGUUAAAUAUCAUGAAAACUCGUAUCUGUUUUCACGCGUGAAAUAAUUUACCGCGCUUUCAUGAAAAUUUAGGUUUUUAACGAACUCUCAUUUAUUUAAGUUCGUUAAUUUUAAAUAUAUUCACGUGUAAGCUAAUUAGAGAUUUUAUUCAAUGACUUCAAUAAACUUCCAAGCUCAAGUUGCUAAGUAUCGAUUAUCAAUUAUGAAGUAAAAUAUCUAACGAAAGUAAUUUAUGGAUCUUUGAUGUAAAUGUUAUUAUCAGGCUUAUCGAUUAGGAAGGGGAUCCGAAGAGCUAAUCCCUUCUAAAUAUUGAAAACCUGUCAAACUUUUUGAGAAAUCUUCUUAUACUAUUUACCAGAUUCUUGAAAGCUUUAUAAUAAUUUCUGGCAGAAAACCAAAGAAAAGCACAUUCUGUUAACAAAAUCUCAGAAAAUUCGUGAAUUUAACGUUUAUCAUCUAAUCUUUGCCGAAAAAUAAGAUGAGAUAUUUUCUAUCAAAUUUUUAGCCUCGCCCAUUCUUCAAAACAAUCAACAACUUUGGUUAACAUUUAUUUGUCCAAGUCCAGCAAGAACGAUAGCAUAUAAGCGUGUUAAAUUCGUUGAUUUUGGCAAAGCGCAUACCUUGACCAGUGCUGUUAUUAAUCGAAUUAAUGAACUUCGAAGUGAAGAAGAAUUUUCUAGGCUACUUGGGCAAAUAACUGAAUUUUGUGUUGAAAAUAAUAUUGGUCUCACGAGGGAACGUUUUUAA